AAUCCCGGCAUCCGCUCUUUCAGUCUGGCCUGAACUACAGAAACCAGCGCGGUUGAGGUUGGAUACUUUCGUAAGUACGACUGGGCGUAGACGCCUGCGACUGUUGCGAGCUGUGCAGAUUCAACAUGCCAUCUGUUGCGGAACAACUUGCUGUAAGGGCAGCCACGCCAGCUGAUGCAACCAACCUCGUACCACCUACCCUGCUUCCGCAAACCGUGGAUCGCAACGCCAUCGGCUCCGGGAGAUCCCCAAAUCCACGUGUCUGCAGAUUGGUACGAACAAGCGCAGUUUCCCGUCACCUCUUCAAACGCUCCUUGAUCGGAAGACCUCUGAAGGCCCCGCUCGCCGUCGCCCGGAGGCUGCUGUGCACGCUUGCUCCUACAACGCGUUGCCAGUACGUCUUCGUUAGGCCUAGCCUUCACGUGCGGUCGCGUCCAGGAUGCGCCGCCUCCCGGCGUCACGGCUGCGCUCGAGCAGGCAACGCAGGCCAGCGCCUUCGCGACGCCUUGGGCUGGUGUGUGCGCAGUCCCGAUAGCUUACGGAGGCUGGUACGCUUGCAGGGAACUGAUGGCGACAGGGUUUCUUCCGCGGCCUUGCGUGCCUCCGGAUAAGUGUGUACAACAGCUUUCCUUGGGAACCAUGUUUAUCUGCCUCAAGCUGGUACAAGGGCUCUAAUUCUAAAUUUCCUGUGCCGGUAAAUGUUAUGAACUGGGCAGAAAAUCGGUUCCUUUAUUUUUACCGUUUUAUCAUUUUUUUGU